GAAACGUGCACACGCCGCGCGACCAAUCAGAGGCUGCGCCGAGGAAACCUGUGUCUCGUUCACAGAGAGUGCGCUGGAUGAAUUUAUUUCAGUGCUUUGCGUUGAUGAGUUAAGUGCUCAAUAGAAAGCUGAGAUAAUUAUAUCGAUAAAUUGUUAAAGAGAUUCAUCUGGAUUACUUGAAAGUUUAGUUGCAUCCAUUGUUUAUUGAUAAAGAUAAAAAAUGAUUUCUCAAAGUGCCCAAGAGGAAGCUAAAUUGGAUGCAAUGCAACGUCAUUGGCAGCUACGUCGAGGAGGCUCCUCCACAAUUUUUAAAGAAGUUUCUGAAACUGAAGACCUUUUAUCCUUGCCAUUACCACGUCAAGCCACACGUGAAAAUUUGGCAAAAAAAAACACCAAAGCGCCCGCUACCUAUACCUGCAGCGACUUGGAAAGCGAUUCCGAACAUUGGGAAUUCAAGGAACCCAAAAAGGCUGUUGAAGAGCCCAAACAACAGCAAAAGAACAUAUCGCAAGUUUUGGAUGCCUCCAAACUAGGAGAUCUUCCAGCGCGCUAUACAAUUUGCGCCCUGGAACAACACCAAUUCCCAGUGGUGGGGGUAUAUGUCGACGAACGGGUGGUGCCAGGUUUUAAAUACAAAGUUCGCCCUUUACCAUCGCCGGGAAAAAAUCCGACCACCUGCAAAUGCCUUUUCGACGAGAGGGCUUUAACUCUAAGAUCUAUUGGUAGAGGCUACGCGAGACGCUUCACUUUCGAAGCCGAUAAAAAUAAAUUGAACGACAAUGAGAAUUACUUCUGGAGCGACAAUCGCCCUGAAGGAUACGCUUUUGAACUCGAGGUCGUUUCAGAGGGAGAUAAGUUCACUAUUUUCGACAUUAACCGUAAAGCACAAGGCACCUUGGAAGUACUUAAUAUAAUGGGACCGCAAUUAGAGAUAGGUAGUAGUUGUGUUAAUAGCAACCUCGAAAAGCGCGCGCUUGUUAAAUUUGCCGGUAAGGUAGAGUUCUUCGAGACCGGUGUUGCCAAACCUAUGCCCCUGUCGGGCACGGUGGUCGCUAAGAAGUGCAGGGGCAAAGCUACCGCCGAGGUUGCCAAAAUUCUCAAUGUCACCAUUAAGAGGCAGAGGUACUAUUUGGUUCCCGGCGUGCAAAAGGUGCACAGGAGGUGCACGGUCAAGGGCAGCGAUAUAAACGAUGUGCCCACCAAGUAUACCAUGACCGGAUUGGAGCACUACGAAAUCCCAGUUGUAGGAACCUACGUGGAUCCAAGAAUAAUUCCGGGCUUCUACUACAAAGUCAGACCCAACGACAGGAAAGAGCACCUCUUCAACGGGCGCGCUCUGAAGCUAAUCAGCAUCGGCAUGGGCUACGCUAAACGUUUGACAUUCCAACCGGACUCGCUCGUCAACCCGGACAACUACUUGUGGUCCGACAGCCACCCGGACGGUCUGGGUUUGGAAAUAAGAGCCGUCCGCAAAGGCAUGAUGUUCGACGUCAAAGCAGGGGACCAGUUGCUCGGGGAGGCCACAGUUUUCAGGGCCGACAAGCCCCAGAGGGAGGAAAAAAUGGAAAAAGUAUUGACCGCUACCGGCCAAUACGCCAUCCAAAAGCGCAUCCACAUCGACGUGAUGUGCCACUUCAAACUGUCGAGGACAGGUGGCGCCUCCAUCGAAAACGACGAGCACUUGAUGCGGGUGUGCGGACACGCGCUGGUGCGAAAAGAACCGAAAUCCACCGAAGCUCGCAUAGUCAAGGUGGAAAACGUCGGGAUCGAUUCCCAACUGAACGUGCUCUUCGCGCAGACGCACACCGAGCUGAUCUUCACACCCAAGAAUUGAUUUUUUAAGACUUUAUACUUAUAUUUACUUGUAUUUAAAGUGAUAUUUUUAUCACUUUAAAGCAAUAAUGUGAUUUAUUCAUUUAUUAGGAGUAGGUAUAUUUUUUGUUAUAUUGCGUAUUUUAUUGAUAAUAAAACGGAUUUUUA